CAAGCAUCCCCUGCAUGCCACAAAAUCAAUCUACAUUUCGGUGUGAAUGAAAAUGUGUGCUUAAGGAAAAUGUGUCCGCGGACGGCCGUACAGAGAUCGGUUCUGCCCAGUGCGCCUGUGCCGUCUGCCGGCUGGCAGAGGUCGGCCCAGCGGUACCGUCAGUCGUCCCACGGGGCUGGUCCGCCGGCCGCUGCACCGAUGGGGGGCACCGUGUCGCGCGCCGGGCGGGCGCUCUUCUCCCACUCCUCGGAGGCGCCUCCGUCCACGGAGGAGGUCCGAGGCGGCGCCAGUGCGGUCCGCCUGCCCUGUAAGGCCACUGCUCUGGUGCUGACGCGACGUGGCUCCAUGUAUCUGGAUGAGGACGACGACCUGGCGCAUGAGUUCUUCGAGCAGGUGCCCGCCCGCCAGCCGGGCCGCACGCGAAUGCGGCGCGUCAACGUGCGCAAGCUGCGGCCGCAGGGGCUGGUCAAGUACAGGUUUCCGCGGCUCCACGUCGACUUUCCGAUCGUGCUGUAUCGGGACUGAGCGGCGCAGGCUGGCCGCAAGGGUGUUCGGAAAGCGGUGCAGGCCCGCCGCGAGCGUAUUCGGAAAGCGGUGUUGCUCCGUGUCUGGGAGAGUACCGUGAAAAGUCUGUGGUGGACCCACGGAAUGGUGCAUUGAAUUGGUGCAGUGCUGAUGCAAUAGAAAGCCUGGAGAGUAUAAAAGGCACGAAGAGACUGGUUUGAUGUGACGAAGUUGCCUCGGUGCUUGGUACGAACUGGCGAAGACGUGGUUAGAUAAGGACUUGUGUGGAUUUAAGAGAGGCUCGCUUUCAGUUAGUGUGGUAUCGUGUUGGCUCAGAUACGAUCGAGUCACACAGGGACGGAGUGGGCAGUGGGCACUGCGAUCCCGGUCUGCGUCGUUAGGGACUCGAGAUCUCCAGUGCGGGACGCCGAUGGAGUAUGUAUUUAUUGGUGAUUGGCUAGACCGUUGUGAAUUUAACUGGGGUAGUGUACUAGUCUAGCUAAUGCGAUUGGCGCCGUGCAAUUUUCGUUGAUGUCGGUGUGGGCUUGCCGAGUCGUAACGUUUGCUCGUUCAUUCAGCGUGGGAUGCCUGGCUACUAUUGGUGACUACCUCAGGCGUUAUAGUCUGAGUUGACGUGGUGAAUGCUCGACUAUGUUUGGUGCAUGUGAGGUUUUGACAACGACGUGCGUUGCAGGGCCGGGAGGCUUUAUUUGAGGCUUUCACAGCUGUUUGUGCUUGCACGGCUCACUGGCUCAUCAGCAGCCGUGGAGGCUGUGACAAGUAGAACGCGCUACUAGCCAGAACUGUACUCGUGGUCAUAAUCGUAUCUUUUAUCAAAUGUCUACCCCUUGCUGGGUGAUAAACGUAAAUGUUUAGCGCACCCCUCCCUCACAAAGACGUCGGAACGUAUGUAAUAAACGCGAAGCACUUGCUGUACAA